AUGGGCCCCCUCCUCCCCCACGACGUGCUCCUGAUCAUAGCCUCUUACUGCUCCAGGAAAGACAUCAUGUCCUUCAUGCCUGUGUCUCGCGACUUUCAUCACGACUGCGCCAAGUAUGUUCUCGGCCCCGGAGUGUCCCUUCGUCGCGACUCCGACACCACCUCGUUCAUCCGCUUCAUGCGCCCACAUCAGAAGAGACGUUGGCGGUACCUCAGGACUCUUACCAUGGCGUCGUCUGGAGACAUAAGCCCCGAUGUUUCAGAUGAAUUGGCCUCUGCUCUUUCCCGUGCGUCCAACCUUGUGAAUAUCACAUUCGAGGAUGCGGAACGGACACUCAGCGCCCACCCCAAUCUAUCCCCCGCUUUCGCCGCCGUUCGGUCUGUGAAGCACGUAGAAGUCAGAAACGGACGGCAACACGCCUGUCGAAUGCUUGAGGCUAUGCGUUGGUCUCUGGAGACAAUUUCCCUGGACAACGUAGACGUGUUCCUUGAUGCAAACCGCGUCUGGAACGAUCCAAACCAAAACACUCGCAUGCAUCCUGCGAUGCUCCUGAAGAACGCACGGGAGACUCUUCAAGAGCUGGAUCUACGAUACUGGACUGCAGCGAUCGGUCUCCUCCCUGAAUACCCCGUCUACCCCAGUCUGCACACCCUCUCCCUAGAGGGUUCGUGGUUUGUCCAGACUGCUCAAUGGGUCAUCACGUAUCCUCACCUGCGACGCUUGAAGCUUGAAUUCGAGGAUGGCAGGAUGAUGGGCUACCUACCUCACCAAGCGGAUGUAUACGCAGAUCAACGGCGCCUCAACCGGACAGACCACCUCACAAAAGGCACAUGGCCGGAGCUCGAGAUAUUCAUCGGCGACCCCUUGGACCUCUACCUCUCCGGAAUCCCCUGUCGGAUACGGAAACUGCUCAUCCGUGUCAUACACUCUCACAACCUGCAAUUUCUUCCCACCGCAUUGGACGAUUCCCAUCCCGAGUAUCUAUCGCUAUGCAUCAAUACUUCCGUGCUCCUGCUAGGCGUCCAAGGGUUUGCGCCCCGUCUCGCAGACACCAACCUCUCCGACCUGCGUAUCCUCCAUAUCGAUAUCCUCCUGGAGCAGAGCAAAGGCGUGGACUUGGAAGCGUUCAUAAGCUCGCUGCAGACACCACUGGCAAAGUGUUCAGCCCUCCGGACCUUGAAUAUCUCUUUCACGCCCGGCUCUGGGAAAUGGGACGCAGAUCUUCCUGCAAACGACUCCGAAGAAAUACGCAACGGAAGGGCCAGGCUUCCGAGCUUUAGUCCCCGCCAUUCGCCGUAUAUCCCGGGUGGGUUGGAAGUCUAUAACACAGAGGUGGAUAUGAAGAAGCACGCUCAGAGUUUGCUCGAAGCCACCUGCCCUCUGAAAACGGUGAACAUCGCUGUCUGGAGGCAGAGCCUACAGGGCACCGCCCUCAGGAUCAAAGCUGAGAAGGUUGAAGGUGGCGGGUACACGAUCGAGCUGUAG